GACAUGAUGUUUUUAAAGACACUCGCAGUUUCAACUUCUGUUAUCGGCACUAUCGUGUAUACACAAUAUGCAGCCUUUAGUAAAGAUAAGGAUAACAGAACACAUCACCCCGGCAGAAUGCACCCGACUAAGCUCUGGGAUGAUAAUUGGGAUUUCAUGAAGCCCGACAAAGAAGCAAUAAAAAACCUGUCCGAUGAAGAGAAGGUGGGGAUGAUCAGUAGUGCAGUACGUCAUAUUUACUUAGUACGACACGGACAGUACGAGAUUGGGGAGACCGAGCCUCAGAAACGUAUUCUAACUGAGUUAGGAAGAAACCAGGCGGAGAUAACAGGAGAGAGAAUACAAGACCUGCUGGGAGAAAAGAUAACACACUGUUACAUCAGUACUUACCCUCGGGCUAUGGAGACCGGACACAUUAUCUUGAAACAUCUUGACAAAGAGAUACCAGUAGAUUACUCGGAGUUAGUAAGAGAAGGAGCUCCCAUAGCCCCCAUACCAGCGCCCGAGCACUGGAAACCAGAACCUUGGGAGUUCCACAGGGACGGUGCUAGGAUAGAGGCGGCCUUUAGAAGUUUCAUCCACCGAGCUCACCCCAGCCAAAGUGAGGAAAGUCACGACAUCGUGGUGUGCCACGGUAACGUGAUCAGAUACUUCGUGUGUCGUGCUCUCCAGAACGAUCCCGAGGGUUGGUUACGGCUAUCUCUUGCUAACUGCAGUAUCACCCAUCUUGUGGUUAAACCUAAUGGCAAUGUCACCCUUCGGGGACUGGGUGAAAAGGGACAUUUGCCCUCUGAUAUGGUCACUUACAACUGAGAAUUUUGUAGCAGUCCUUCGGGGUCAUUCCAGAAAUGUCAAUAUAUUUGUUAAUGUUUCAUCUUCGAUUUCAACCUAAAAAUGGCAAUUUGCAGUUGCUUGAAAUUUAUCAAUCGUUGAAACAGCAAAUUUAUUUAAUGAACUCCGCCCACUAGAUCACUUCAUGAUGAAUAUCCACAUUUCAGGGUAAACCCCGGGGAAUAUUUAAUUUAUUUAUUAGUAAUAUCAAAAAUAGUUUCGGUUUUUUAAUCAUUUUGAGGAAACCGUUUAUACUUAACGAAAUAUUUCAUGUUUUUAUAAUGUAUUAAUCUCUCACGUGCUUUGCCUAGUCACUAGUUGCUAGUGAAAUUUUUGCAUAGAAACAGCGUUAUUUUUUUGGUCGUCUGAAAUACAUUUGUAGGUACUGACUCUUUAAAUAUGUUGAAAAGAAACAAUUAAUUUAAAUUAAAAAAUAUAUUUAAU